UUGUUGAGCUCUUCUUCAUCACUCAAUUCAAGAACAAAUCUUUCUUUGAUUUUCUUGAAUUUCUGCUCUGAAAGAUCAAAAACCAUCUCCGGUUUUCUUUUCUAGGUUGAGAAAUGAUGUUCAUCAGAGGGUCCAUUCUUGGGUUCAGAUGGGCUGUUUUGAUGAUCAUGGCUAUUGCUGUCACAGCGGACAGUCCUUAUAGGUUCUUUGAGUGGAAUGUGACCUAUGGUGAUAUAUACCCACUUGGGGUUCGUCAGCAGGGGAUUCUGAUCAAUGGACAGUUUCCGGGGCCUGAUAUUUACUCUGUUACCAAUGACAAUCUCAUUAUCAAUGUUUAUAACAACUUACCUGAGCCUUUUCUGAUUUCAUG